GCAUAUUCUACAAAGUCUAGUAUUUCUUGUACUUUUCCUGAAUGUCGGACUAGUCUCUGCUGACAGUAACAAUCUGGAAAAAUCUAUUUUGGACGGAAGUACGACGUCCGGAGGAAAAGUAUCCAAUGUUUUACGGGACAUCCUUAAUCAGGAGAGUCUAGUGAGGUUUUCUAUGGUUCAGAGAAUUCAAAACCUAGUCAUGGAUGUCAUAGACAGCAAAAACAAUUCUCAAAUGACGAAGCAGAAACUGAAAAUCUUGACAACGGAAUUAAAAGAUUUGGAGACAAGAGACAACGGAAUAGAAACAGAGGUUACAAUACUUAAACAAGUGUUACAAGUAUUAAAUGAGACAGUAAGAAAUAAUCAAGAUAAGACAAUGGACAAAGUUCAAGAUAUGAAAGAGAAGGAAUUAGCUUUGAUAAAAAAAAACAAACUUCAGUCCUCCAGAAAGAAAGUCGAGAAUUAUUGGCGGAAAACAGAGAAAUGAAACAUCAGUUAGAGAUGCAAAACAAGACCAUUACACUGUUGAACUUGUCUUGCAGGAACAAAUGAAGCAAAUGAAAAAUAGAGAACUGGAUGUCAGAAAUAAAACUAGAGAAUUAUCAACAUAUAAUGAUUUAUAUAGAGAACAACUAAAUGUCGUCAAGAACGCUCUGAGAGAACUCAAAGGUUCCAUGUACGAGGGUCGAUUUCAAAAGAUGGAAAAUACCUUUAAGAAUUAUUCUAAAUCUAUCAAUGAGACACUGGAUGGUUUAUUUGAGGAUCAUAAAGUUCUAAAUCUGCAGGUUUUGAACGUCUCCUCUUCUCUAUCCGAUGUUCAAUCAAAAGUGUUCCCAAAGGAUUGCUACAAUAUUCUUGAACAAAACAAGUGGCUGAAACGAAAAGAUGGUGUCUUUAUUUAUAGUUAGUUAUAUGUAGUUAUCAAUUCUGACAUCACCUCCGUCUUUUGUGACAU